UCCCGGUACCGCCUCCUGGAAGUUUCGUUUCGGAUCGAGGCAGAGGCGGGACUUCCGUCCCGGCAGCGCCCACGUGCUUCCGCUCUGGUUCACCUGGGCGCCCGCAGGCCGGGCCGAGAUGGAUCCGCUCAGAGCCCAGCAGCUGGCCGCGGAGCUGGAGGUGGAGAUGAUGGCCGAUAUGUACAACAGGAUGACCAAUGCCUGCCACCGGAAGUGCGUGCCUCCCCACUACAAAGAAGCCGAGCUGUCCAAGGGCGAGUCUGUGUGCCUGGACCGCUGUGUCUCCAAGUACCUGGACAUCCAUGAGCGCAUGGGCAAGAAGCUGACAGAGCUGUCCAUGCAAGACGAGGAGCUGAUGAAGAGGGUCCAGCAGAGCUCUGGGCCUGUGUGAGGCCGCAGCCCGGACACACCCGGGGGGACAGACUGCCCCUUCCCACGCGUCUAAUAAAAGUGGCUUCCUGGGUGUCCCUCUGUGAAGACCA